AUGGAUCGAAUGCAAGUGAUCCAGUUCAGAGCAGCUCUCAAGGAGUUGGAGAAUGUAGAGGCUCUCCGGACCUCAUCUGUAUUAAGCCUUCACCUCCCAUCAUCUUCCUCCCUGAUACUCGUAAAAAAUAGACUCAAGGAUGAACAAAGCCGUGCGGCCAACAUAAAGUCCGUUUCCAACCGCUCUUCAGUGCAAGAAGCACUGAAGAGUACUGUGGAUAUUGUAUCCACCGUCAAUGUCAUGCCAUCCCAUGGGCUUUUAGUGUUUUAUGGCCAAUCAGUUCUCAACAAAGCAACCGGCGAGCGCAUCCGCCUGGAAAAGAGGCAAUUGCUGGUGAAGAAAGUAAUUGCUCUCAGCGAACAGUUUUAUCUGGAUGAAAAUAAGGCGACCGUGCAGGUGCAGGCCCUGGUGGUAGGGGGUCCUGGUCAGCUGAAGGACCAGUUGGUGGAGCGUCUCCCCCAGCUCUUGAAGGGUGCUGUAAGACGUGUAGAAAACACCUCAUACUCCGGCCGUCAAGGGCUGAGGGAGGCCAUCAAUGCCACACGGGACCUCCGCCAGCACAUGCUUUUGGAAAAGUCUAACACUGUCCUCAGCUCCAUAUUUGAAAAACUCAGGGUCGAUGAACCGGACAUGGUCUGCUUUGGUGAUGAAGUUCGAGCGGCCAUGGAGGAUGGUGCCGUCCAAGUUGUAGUGCUAUGGGACGAGUCCCCUGAAGUCGCCUGGUUCGCAGAAAACUGUCCCGAGGAGACCGAAUUACUUGUGAUACCCAACACAACUAAUAAUACAAACAUGCUG